GUUUACUGUCUUCAUUGAUCUUUAACUGAUUAUUAUGACUUUAGAGAUACGCAAAAAAAUUGAUUUUAUAUAUAUAUAUAUAUAUAUAUAUAUAUAUAUUCAAGUGAGAAUGCGAUCUUAUGAAAGAAAUAAGAAUGAAUCUGGUGCUUUAUAUUGUGAGAUCUAAGGAUUCCCAGCAACGCUGUCACAACGUCCUCGAAACCCUCCCCGCGACGAGCGGGGAAAAGGACGGCAACCCAAACGAGCUCACCAUUUUCUACGACGGCAAGAUCGUAGCCUGCGACGCCACCGAGCUUCAGGCAAGGGCCAUAAUACUCCUAGCCAGUCAAGAGAGAUGGAGAGCGCCGCCUUCGGGCCCACCGGUGACGCAGCCACCGCCGGAAGAGUUCGGGAGACCGGUGGCGAGUUACGGGCUCUCGAUGAAGAGGUCCCUGCAAAGGUUUUUGCAGAAGAGGAAGAAGAGGGCGGAAUCCGCGGCUCCCUAUCUUAAUUCGAUCAAUUGAUUCGUGGAUCGGAGUUCCGA